AUGAGCCAAUGUUUGCGCUUCGGCCGUAUCCUGCCAUUCGGUCGCAGGCCCACUGUCUCACGUCCUUCUUCCCAACCAUAUAGAACCGUGUCACCGUUCUCCCGACCAACAUGGAGUAAUUAUAACCGCCAAACCCGCAAACGUCAAAAGGAAACGAAUUACCCAGAUGAAAUCACCUUCCUUCGCAGAUAUAAUAACCUCGCAGAACCUCCCCUCACUUACGCCCAGACAAAGGACAUAAAUGAGUGGAUUUUAUUGCUGAGAAGAUAUGUUACAAUAAAGUCGCCCAAUGUUGCCGAGCUUGCGAGCCAGCCUAGACGGCUUCGACCACUCCGCGAAUCUCACAGCGACUUGGAUCGGAUCCAUGCUCUAAUGGGCUGCCUCUGGGCCGCACGGAAUCGACUUGGGUUCGAAGUCCUCACGCACCUCGGUUUCGAGUUGAAGGAGUGGUCUACGGCGCAGUCCCUCUUGAACAACAUGAUUGACACCUAUGAGUUGCUACAACCUCACAUGCCGCCCAAAUAUCCUUCGCCUGGAUUCGACUGGAAUCGACCAUUUCGCAUACUUCGCAAAAAUGAACGAAAAGACUCAUCUCAUAAACCUUCCGAUGCUAAAGAAUCUCCACUCACCACAAAAGUUUCCCUCGACAAGCUUACCGGGGGGACGAAGGAAGGGUCACCUUGGAAAUGGACUCGUUUAGAGCCCGUUCCAGCAGAGAACAUUUCACUCGAUACUUUGACGGUGGCACCCGCCGUGAGAUUUUUUGGAGAUAGGAUCUUGGCUGAAAUUCUCGCAAACCUCGGCUCUUUAGUUUUGACGGCAGCAGAUAGCCAACCAGAACAGUCCCAGCUUGCAAUGUCCUGUGUAUUCCGAACACUUGCUCGUCUACAUCAUGCAGGCAUGAUUUCUGACAGGGUCUAUCAAUAUCCGACUCCAGAUGCUAGCCAAAUUGUGUACCGGCCUCCGGGACUUCAUCUUUUAUCGAGCCCCAUCAUGAGCGUUCUGUCCGAUGCAGCAUGGCAUGAACAUCAAACUGCGGUGGCCACUGCGGCCGCUGAUGCGGGAGAGAUGUCUCCCUUCAUCCCCUAUAAGAUGGGCAUUCGAGAGCUGGGUCCAGAAAUCUGGUUAGAGCUGAUUCUGUCGUGUUGUGUGGAGCAUGGUUUCUGCAAAACUGGAGCAUUACUCGUGCAUCGGAUAGCUAAAAGCACUGGCAAACAAGCAUGGAAGGCCGAGAGUUGGACACCUCUCAUCCAGGACCUCGAUACAGUACAGCAAACUAACAUCAGUAUCGAGAAAUCUUGGCGUCGACCAGGCCAGAGCGAGAACCCUCAAACUUACACGGGAAAGAUCAAACCACCAUUCAACGGACUUGGGAGUAGAACCAUCAGUAAAGAGGUAGUUGCUUCACUGCGCAGUGGCCUGGCAAACAAGGCUUACGUUGGAUUGGGAGAGCGUGGAUAUCUUCCUGAUGAGCUCGCCGAGCUAUCAACCCCUCUGACCCAAUUUAUUGAUCGUCCUGUAUCCACAAGUGAGCUUAUGCCCACCAACAGGGAUGUCAAUUGGCACAUUCUACGAAUUCUUAGCUCAGGCUGUUUGCAGCCGUGGACUGAUCCUGUUUCCUUUGAAUCGCUCCUGAGGUCUCACCCUAAUGUUGUUCCUCCGUGGGCAAUGCACGAGUUGGAGAAGCCACAAGAAUUGGGCUCAAAAACGCGGGCACAGAUAUAUGAUGAAACCGCCGCCAUCUUCGGUAUGAUCGAGUUCAACCUCAAUUACCAUGCGCGGUACAAGCAAAGUGGGCGUCUCUUCCACGAAUAUGCAUGGCUUCAAAAUAUCGCCGACGCAAGCAAAGCGCAACACGUCCAGUCGUUUCUCGGCAAGCUCAGCCAAGCACGUGAUGGAGACGAAUACCUUUCGUUCCUUGAAACCAAGCCUGUCUCACCCCAAUCGAUUUACCAAAGUUCAAUUCCACAGGUGUCAUGGGUUACACUUGCCAAUAUACUUGAUCUUGCUACCACGGCACAUGCGUUUGACCUUGGUCGUCAAUUGCUACUGCAGAAUGACAUCGACGGCCCUGCCAUUCCAGAAAGAGCAUAUGGCAAUCAGGCUCUGGCGCCGUCUAUCCUCCGAUUUGCAACAGCAACCAACGAUGCUAGCCUUGGUCAGAAAGUCAUCGCCUCACUUUCGGUCCCUCUUUCUCUCAACACCAUUAAAAGCUUGAUCAGUUACCACAUCUCAAUGCAGGACUGGGACCGCGUGGAGUUUAUGCUCAAGUUCAUGACCGAACACCGCGAAAAGUCCUGGGGUUAUAGUACUUUGACCGCAAUCGCAACUGCGGUGAUUCGGCAUGAGGCAGCUCUUCGACAAAAUAAGGCUGCCGGCACUCUGACCAGGGCUCACAUAGAGAAUACAGAGCGUGCCACAGACAUCUUGUUCCGCAUUUUUCGCGGGGAGUGGUCUGCUAGCUCAACUCGCACGAAAGUUCGGCUCUUUCAACUCCGCACACUAUCUCGUAUGCACCGCGUGCUGCUAUCCAUUCCGGGCCCUCUACCGGAAGUUUUCAAACGACUGGAAGCGCCGAAAGAAAUCACAGAUCGUCAUAAAAUCGCACUCAUCCCCCCAAACUCUUUCCACGAGAUAUUUGCCGCCAUCGUGGAAACACAGGGUGCUAUCGUUGGCAAGCAGGUCUGGGAUCGCCACUGCAUUGAUUUGCUAUCACCCAAGCGUGGACGUCAGGCCCCAGGUGGUGUUCCACGACUUCUUUUCAGCGAUGAGCGGCGCAAGGAAUUAGGCGAUCCGGAGUGGUCUGGCCAAUGGGCCAAUGAGAUUCUCACAAAAUCAACACUAGCAGACUUGAAUACUGUCCGCGUUCUCGCUCGAGCCGCUGUCCGAGAAUACGCGGAUCAGUCACGCGAAAGGUAUCACGCAAAAAUAUUCCAAAGCGAGACCGACUACUCAGCCACACCCUCAUCCUCAUCCUCGUCCUCAUCCUCCUUCAUUUACGACCCCACAAAACCUUAUGUCCCUCACACCACCCGAGAGGAAAAUCCCUAUCAACGAGCCGGCGGCAGGCCACCCAGAUCAGAACUUGAAGCCAUCCUCGACUUCUGUCUCGAACUCUUCAUCCGCUUCGGUCUCCCAGAAGACCAGAUUAAUAUGGAAAUUCCAGGUCACCUGCACCGCAUGCAGGAGAGAGGUGCCAUGGCUUACCCAUUUUCCAAGCAUAUUAGGCGGCGGAUUCAAUUUAACAAAGCCGAUCGCUUCAUGGAUUCCUCCUGGAGGGUGUUCCUGAGAGGCGAUUCACCAAGCGACAAUACCACUAUCUAG